AUGGAGAAAAAUAGCAGCAUUUUGUUUCUAGCACUUGUAGUUGCGCUGCAUAGCUUCACAAUGAAUGCCAAUGGCUUCACGGCUUCUAGAUGGACCCAAGCUCAUGCAACCUUCUACGGCGGGAGUGAUGCUUCCGGAACAAUGGGGGGUGCUUGUGGGUAUGGAAACUUGUACUCGGGUGGGUACGGGACCCGGACUGCAGCAUUGAGCACGGCGUUAUUUAACGAUGGGGCAGCUUGCGGGCAGUGCUAUAAGAUGAUAUGCGACUACAGGGCCGACCCUCAGUGGUGCAAGAGAGGCGUGUCCGUCACCGUCACGGCUACAAAUUUCUGCCCGCCAAAUUACGAUCUCCCGAGCAACAACGGAGGUUGGUGCAAUCCUCCCCGACAACAUUUCGACAUGGCUCAGCCGGCUUGGGAAAAAAUCGCCAUCUAUAGGGGCGGAAUAGUGCCAGUCCUCUACAAGAGGGUUCCUUGUGUGAAGCGUGGUGGGGUUAGAUUCACCAUCAAUGGUCGGGAUAACUUCGAGCUCGUCUUGAUUACCAAUGUCGCGAAUGCCGGGUCGGUCCGAUCGGUCCGGAUAAAGGGGUCGAAAACGGGUUGGAUGUCUAUGUCUAGAAAUUGGGGUGUUAAUUGGCAGUCUAAUGCCUAUCUCAACGGCCAAUCGCUGUCUUUCAUCAUCACUACCUCUGAUGGCAUCACCAAGACUUUCAUGAAUGCAGUCCCUUCCAAUUGGGCUUUUGGACGGACCUACGCGACCAGGGUCCAGUUUUAG